AUGAAGCGCAGAAUUACCUAUUUGACCUCCGCCGAUGCGCCCUUUGAGCCCACGAAACAAGCUGUCCUUAACAAAAAGAGCUUGUCGAUCCGCGAGCUCGAUGCUGCUAAGGAAGAGCGCUUCACAUUUGGAGCUGCAGAGCUGCCGGAUGAGCUGUCUCGAGCUCUGACUGCGACGCACGAGUUUCAUAUUCGAUGGGCAACGGAGCGGAAUUAUGAUUCUGUGGCCCCGUUCCUGAGCAGAGUAUCGCCGGGUCUACAUGUAUACUAUACGCCAUUAGAGAACAACGGAAAUGAGGAGAAUCCAGAAGACCAGCUAUGUUCCUCGUUAAAGGAUUUAUUUGGAAAGGAUAUAAAGUGCCAGUCACUUCAGGAAUCGUUCACACAACCCCCCAUCUUAUCCUCAAGAUUUUCGUCUGUCGCCUCGCUCCAAUUACACAGCGUCCUCCCCUCGAUAAGCCACUUCGCCGAGAACGUCCAACGUUAUGCCUGCAAAUCAACAGAUGCGGAAUGUGCCGACCGAAUAGCGGCUCUGGACUCUGCGGAUUCCGUGGACAUUGACUAUGACGCCAUAUCGCACACAUUGUCCAUCUCGGCCUUUUGGUCUCGACCGCUUCCUGGAAAUAGAGGUUGGACCGAGACUAUCGACAAGUCGUCGAAUGCCGUGUCGGAGAAGGUAGAAGUUGGGUUGUUGGCUAGUGAGAAAGCAGUAGACAAAGAGGAUUUAUCUCUUGGUGGCUUUCUGGCUGUGGUGGGAGAGACUGACAUACUAAAACCAACACUGUUUUCGUUUCCUUCUCGACACCACCCUCUGUCGGACGCUGCUACAUAUACUACAACCCUUGAAACGCCUACAGGUCUGCAUCCUACCUUGAAGAUUUCGUUGUCCCCGACUGCUCUAGCUCGCCCACCUGCCCCCGAAGAUGCUGCUUGCGCGCUGCACUCCUAUUUGACACUCCCAUCUGUGAUAUUUGCCGACAAAUACCAACUGUCUACAACCGAUGAACUCUUCCUCAAUUCACACAACCUCGUCGCUCUGCGGGCGCUUUCCGGCGAGACUGACCUCGAAGCCCCCGACUGGGUUCUUCCCCGGUGGGGUUCCAAUCUGCUUCUCGAACUCGCCGUUCCCUCAGAUGAGCAGACUGCGGAUACCUGGGACGUCACCAUUCCGCUGCAUCUUCGUUACCUGAAGCCCUCGGAAGGCGGGAUUCAACACACGUAUCUACCAUGGCCGGUUGUUUUCUGGGCUUGUACGGCCGACGACGGCACGAAGAUGGGAAUCAAUCCCUUUGACCGCGUGAACGUAGGCUUCGACGGCCUUUUUGGGCCCAAGACGAUGUUUUUCCAGCUCCAUCCAGAAACCAAAAACAACUCCAGACUCGUGGAAGAUCUUCCUGUGCCGGUGCUGCAGACGGCCGAAGGUGACGUGGCGUGGCCUGGAAAGACGGUGUAUCAACAAGUCGAGCUCGGCACGGUUGUUGCUAUUGUCUUGGGCUUUGUGUGGGUUCUGUGGAAACUGGGGGCGGUCGUGAGGUCGUCUCCAUCUGACCGCCGGUCGGGUGCUGCUGAGAAGAAGAAGCCAUAG